AAACACUCUCUACGUUUUAUUUCAAAACUCAGUUUCACUCUCUUUCUCUCACAGUUACUUUCGCAGAAUCAACCUCUCUCUCAAAAUGGCUGAACGAGUCCAUCCCGCGGCGGAUUCACCACCACAGAGCGGCCAUUUCUCCGGCAACUUCAGCUCCGGAGAGUUCCCCCGAAAGCCAGCUCCUCCUCCCUCCACCUACGUCAUCCAAGUCCCCAAGGACCAAAUCUACCGCGUCCCCCCGCCUGAGAACGCCCACCGUCUCCAACUCCUCUCCCAGAAAAAACCAAACCGCAGUAACUGCCGGUGCUGCUUCUGCUCCUUCCUCGCCGCGAUCUUCCUCCUCCUCGUCCUCGCCGGAAUCUCCCUCGCCGUCCUCUACCUCGUCUUCCGCCCCGAAGCUCCCAAAUACUCCGUCGAGGGGUUCUCCGUCUCCGGCAUCAACCUCACGUCCCCCUCUCCGAUCUCCCCCAAGUUCGACGUAACCGUCAGGUCGCGCAACGGUAACGGGAAGCUCGGGGUGUAUUACGAGAAGGGGAGCAGUGUGGAUGUUUUCUACGGUGACGUGGAUCUGUGUAACGGCGCGUUGCCGGUUUUUUACCAGCCUGCGAAGAAUGUGACGGUUGUUAAGACGGAGUUGACGGGGUCGAGGAUUCAGUUGACUAGCGGCGUGAGGAAGGGGAUGCGUGGGGAGGUGAGUAAGAAAACGGUGCCGUUUAGGGUGAGGAUUAGAGCGCCUGUGAGGAUUAAGGUUGGUUCGGUUAAGACGUGGAGGAUGAUGGUUAAGGUUAAUUGUGAUGUUACGGUGGAUAAGUUGAUGGCCCCGUCGAGGAUUGUUUCGAGAAAGUGCAGCUAUGACGUGGACCUUUGGUGAUUUUUUUUUUUUUCAAAAGUUUUAUCCAAAAACUGCAAAUGACAUAAAAAAAAAAAAGAAGGAGAGUACAAAUGCUGUUUUGGAUUAUAGGAUUUUUUUUUUUUUUACAGAAUGUUUUUUUUUGGUUAUUGAUUGCGUUUUAAUGUUUUUUUUAUAAACAAUAGUACAUUGUGAAUUUGUGGUUGGAAAUGAGGAAGUUUCCUAUUUGAACUUAUUUAAGAUUCGUUGAGAACUUCUUUUUUUACAUUCAAACUUUAAAGUUUGAGAAAGCUAUGUUUUGGAAGGAGAAGCAUGGUUGGUAAUUGAUCAGGGAAGUUUUCAAUGCGAAAGAAAGUUGAUCAAAGGCUUCCAUUUCAAAGAAGAAAAUAGCUAAAAGAAAGGAUCAUGAAGAAAUGAAGAAGUUAGUUACUUUCAACAUUCAUUUCAUGGAGUCGGUCAAAGAAGAAUAUCCCCAUUUAUGCCAAGAUGGACUUCUGAACAUUUCGUUCAAUGAAAAUCCUUGAAUGUUAGUUGAUGUUACCAACCUUAGACUAUGAAUAUUUGUUCAAUUCCCAGCAAUUUUUUUCCUUUUUAACAUUGCAUAUUUUCUUACACCUAGAGAUUCAAUCUGGUAAAACCGAACCAGAAUAGAGAAAGUGGUUUGGAUUUGGUAAUACCGAUUAAACCGAAUAAAUCGAUUAACUAAAAUAUAAUGGUAUAGUUAUAUAUGUAUAUAUGAUAUAAUAUAUACAUGAUUUAUUUAUUGAUAUGUUAUCUAUAUUUAAAAUGCAAACUUUAGUAAUUUAUUG